AUGGGCGGGCGCCCAGCUCCCCUAAAACGCCGCCUUCUCAGCAGACCCCCAGGAGUCGACCCGACGGGACGCCAGAGCUACCUCAGCGGUGGCCACCCGCUCUCCCAGACACAUUCUUCCCUUCACAAACAGCCCAUGGCGGACCAAGGCUCUGGGGGCAGCCGCCUCCCCCUGGCGCUGCCCCCGGCCUCCCAGGGUUGCUCCUCAGGGGGCGGCGGCUCCUCGGCCGGGAACUCGAGCCAUCCUCCGCCCCCGCGAAACCUCCAAGGCCUGCUGCAGAUGGCUAUCACGGCGGGCUCUCAGGAACCAGAGCCCCCUCCAGAGCCCAUGAGUGAAGAGAGGCGUCAGUGGCUGCAGGAGGCCAUGUCCGCCGCCUUCCGGGGCCAGCGGGAGGAGGUGGAGCAGAUGAAGAACUGCCUCCGAGUGCUGUCCCAGCCUACACCCUCCUUGGCUGGGGAGGCCGAACUGGCCGCUGACCAGCAGGAGCGUGAGGGGGCCCUGGAGCUGCUGGCCGACCUGUGUGAGAACAUGGACAAUGCUGCAGACUUCUGCCAGCUGUCAGGCAUGCACCUGCUGGUGGGCCGGUACCUGGAGGCAGGGCCCGCGGGGCUGCGGUGGCGGGCGGCACAGCUCAUCGGCACCUGCAGCCAGAACGUGGCGGCCAUCCAGGAGCAGGUGCUGGGCCUGGGCGCCCUGCGCAAGUUGCUGCGGCUUCUCGACCGGGACUCCUCCGACUUGGUGCGCGUGAAGGCCCUGUUCGCCAUCUCCUGCCUGGUCCGGGAGCAGGAGGCUGGGCUGCUGCAGUUCCUGCGCCUGGACGGCUUCUCUGUGUUGAUGCGGGCCAUGCAGCAGCAGGUGCAGAAGCUCAAGGUCAAGUCGGCGUUCCUGCUGCAGAACCUGCUGGUGGGCCACCCCGAACACAAAGGGACCCUGUGCUCCAUGGGGAUGGUCCAGCAGCUGGUGGCCCUGAUCCGGACAGAACACAGCCCCUUCCAUGAGCAUGUGCUUGGAGCCCUGUGCAGCCUGGUGACAGACUUCCCCCAGGGCGUGCGGGAGUGCCGGGAGCCCGAGCUGGGCCUGGAGGAGCUGCUCCGUCACCGCGUCCAGCUGCUACAGCAGCACGAGGAGUACCAGGAGGAGCUGGAGUUCUGUGAAAAGCUGCUACAGACCUGUUUCUCCAGUCCGACGGAUGACAGCAUGGAUCGGUGA